UCCCACGUCUACAGCAGGCAUCUGGCGAAAGUCGAUCGUAAAGCUCGGUCAGCACCGUCAAUUUCUCCCGUUCGUUGGGCCACGCCACUCGAGCCUCCAAUUCAACGAGUGCGAAUAGCUUCCCUAACCAGGCACGUCCCGGCAACACCGCAGUGAUGCUGAGUCUGCGCGCCAACCUAGGGGUGUCUUCUCUGGCCGAGCAGCUGAAAGCUGUGAAACUAGCGUGCCCCAUCCGCGAAUUGGACCUCACAAAUUGCAUUCUCGUCGACCCCGAAGAAUUGCCACUGCAUAUUGGCAAAUGUACGGUACUCCAAUCCUUGCGCUGCGUCGCCUGCCCGCUGCGGCCGAGCGACCUGCUCGGUUUAAUGCUGGAACGGCUUCCGCAUCUGGCGGAAGUUGGGUUCUCCCUCGUGGCUGAGUCGGACGUGGAGUCGGAAAUAAGGCACGUGCAGCAGAGCGCGUCGGAAACACCAGGUGCCCUGGCUCUCAAUCUCCGCCGCAUGUAUGUGGAAGUGAGCGGCUACCUGAACUUCAAGCUCCUCUCGGCGCUCCUGCGCUACUGCCCUAAGCUGGACGAACUGCAUGUUCAUUUCGUGCGCGGAGCCUUCUUGAACGCGCUCCUGGAGUGCAACGACAUCCUCCAACAGUGCGUAAACUUGAAAACAUUCGCGUUCUCUUCCGAGGUGCCAGCCUCCAAUCAGCGCCUGCCGUCCACACCGUUGGAGUUCACGAGCUGCGCGGCCGUCUGCGCCAACAUCACAUACCAGAGGUCGACCAACUCGUGGAGCUGUGUUCGACUCCAAGAUCUCGCUGUCGACGGCGUUGAUCCCCUCAUUCUGCCGCAACAAAUGGUCCUGGUUGCCGUCCGCCACGCAAAAGGCACCACGGCGGAAUGGAUUCGCGUGGCCAGCCUUGGACACUUCUGGGGGAACGUACGCCAACUCUGUCUUCUGCUAUUUCCGGCACAGCCCUCCAAUGGUGUUUACGCGACGGCAGGCGUCGCGUACCGCGACAGUCUUCGCGACUUCAUCUCCCUAUUCCUGCAGCAAAUCGUCGAGCUUAACAUAAGCGCGUUCCACUUCGACGCGGACCUCGACUUGACGGCACUGCUCCUGGACGGCUCGCUGGAGCAUCUGCAAUCCCUCUCGGCGACCCCUUGCGGGCUUCGCCACCCGUCAGCCGUGCGCCGUCUGGCGCAGAACUGCCCCGACUUCAAAGAACUGGACGUCCGCAUCGAUAGGCGGGGUAGCUUCGUUCGGUGCGCCGUCUGCGAGGGUGAGUUCGUCCUCCAUCCCGGAGACAGGUUGGAAAUGUGCGAUACCGCCCCUGUCUUUCGUAAUGUGCUUACCAGGCUGACUCUCCAUGAAGUUCAUGGCCGUAUUUCCCUUUGGUUCGUCGAGGCCUGUCCAGCGGUUGCAGUGCGGCUCUCAGACUGCCCUAAUCCCUCGCACCCAGACUACCCGACUCUGGGUCAGCUGCUCGCCAAAAACAGCUCGCUGAUUUGUCUUGUGCUUCGGCACGAUGCCCUGCCCUUCGGCGAGGCGUGUCUGCUGGAAAACAUCUCCCGCAUCGCCAGCCUGCAGUACCUGUGCCUUCUGUCGGCGGCGUCAUUACUGGACGACGUCGCCGAGGUGUCCCUGCUGGCGUUCACCGCCAGCCUGAAGCCUCACAUAAAGUGUGUACACGUUCACUACCGAAACUCCACCCGCACCACCGUGAAGCGGAUCACGUGGAUAAAGCGGGCUGGCGCUACAAGCGGUGGCGUCCUGGUUCGAGACGGUCCCUGCUUCCUCCAUUGUUCGACGGCUACGUUCAUAGGACUCGCUAAGCCGCUGAAUCGCGACUUCAAACAGAUCAUGUAGCUGAAGGUACGUCAGAGACGUAAUAAAAUAUCUUAGAUACGCGCAAAAGUGCU